AUGCCUGUGUACUUCGGGUAUCAGCAGAAAAACACGCCCUUCCGUCGUCUGCCCAGUCAGCACGGCCAUACUCGAACCAGGAGCUGCAUACGGGUACCCUGGUUGGCGCGAUAUGCUCUGUGGCGCGUACGAUGGACGAGAAGCGGAUCAGUGGGGUGGCGUUCUGGUCAUGUUGCGACGACUGCUGGAGCGGUCGAGUAUGCGUUCAAAAACUCGCCUAGUGAUUGGCAGGGUUCGCGCAGCUUUCUCCGUGGGACACCCUAG